GUGUCGUGAAGAACAUAAUCAAAGGAUCUGCCGCUAUGUCUGAAAAAACGGAGGUUGAUUUAACCGGAGCUAAGCAAAACACCGGUGUAUGGCUAGUAAAGGUUCCCAAGUACCUGGCCCAGCAGUGGGCCAAAGCACCAGGAAAAGGAGAAAUUGGAAAGCUCAAGAUUGUAAAGAUACAAGGAAAAGCAGAUGUGUUGUUCACACUGAAUGAGGACCUGACCAGCCUGUCUGCCAUGGGGGAGAAGGCAGCGUCGGUACGAGCCCCCAGGGACCACCCAUUCACCAUGCAUAGUGUGGGGGGGCAGACCCUGGCUGUGUUCACUGAGACCUCUGCAGAUAAGAUCAGUCUGGAGGGCAUAGUGGUACAGAGAGCAGAGUGCAGACCUGCCGUCAACCAAAACUACAUGAAACUGAAGAAAUUACAGAUUGAGGUGUCUACCAAGCCCCAGCGUCUGACCGAGCAGAUGGACAAGGCUGUCACCAACAACUUCAAACCUGUAUCCAACCAUGUUGCUAACGUAGAGUGUGAGAAGAAGAAGAAGACUGAAGGUAGGAUGGUGAGGGCAGAAAGACAGCAGGUGAUGGACAUGCUCUUCUCCGCCUUUGAGAAACACCAGUACUACAACAUCAAAGACCUGGUGGUGGUCACCAAGCAACCAGUGACCUACUUGAAGGAGAUCCUGAGGGAGAUAGGAGUGUACAACGCUAAAGGAACCCACAAGAGUACAUGGGAACUGAAGCCAGAGUACCGCCACUACCAGGGAGGAGAGGAGGAGAUAAAGAGUGACUAGGCCAGAACAGAGCACCCUGUCUGGGAUACAGACAUUGACCUGAGGGCCUACCAUCACAGAAGUGGAGAGAGUCUUUGUUCUUUUGUCUUUCACUUUAAGUUUGAUCUUGACUGAUACCCAAAACGACAUAAUCACAAAGGGUCUACUUUUUAUCAGCUGUUGGUAGGAUGGUGUGUGGGAUCUUGCACUAUGAACCAUACUGUGUGAAGCACUUGCCUUAAAGCAACACUAAUUUGGAUGUGUUCUUUUCUAUGUCGUUUGGUGCAGCUGGUAGAAAUUGUUCUAUUUUCUUUUUCACUUUAGUUACAGAAGCUGCAACUUUGCACUAUCAUUUGUAAAUAAUUUAUAAAAUAAUGUAACUACCGGUUUUGGAAUAUUUGACAUUUUCUG